UAUAUAUAUAUAUAGAAGGGUGCUGAAAAAUUGUAAGAAAUGGAAAAACCCAUAGUACGAGCAAGAGUGGUGAAAGUUCUUGGUAGGACCGGUUCGCAGGGACAAUGCACGCAGGUUAAAGUCGAGUUUUUGAACGAACAAAACCGGCAGCUGAUUCGCAACGUGAAGGGUCCCGUACGAGAAGGAGACAUUCUGACGCUCUUGGAAUCGGAAAGAGAAGCCAGACGACUCCGUUAGUUUACAUCAGGGGUGUCCAUGCCUCCUAAAUGUUGACACAAUGCGUUCGAAACCCUGUAUUACGAGUAAUGAUGAUAUACCAUCCUUGCAAUUGCGAGCAGAUUUCCUCUUUUUACAUGCCUGUCUUUUAUAACAAACUAUGCGUUGACAUUAACAGUUGCUAUGAUAUAUACAUGUACUUCGUCAUAAGACGAAUGACAAUCUAAAUAUAUUUAAUAAAUAAAUUAUGAUUCAC